AUGUCACCGUCUAUUGUUAUCGGUGUAGCCGGUAACCUGUUAACCGUAGUUAUUCUUUUGUCAAAGGAAAUUCGAUCCAGUGUUAACACGCUGUUUUCGAUAAUAGCAAUAUGCGAUACUAUUUAUCUGUUACUAAUUACACCCUAUGUUAUAUCAAAUUUUGAUCGACUAGCAAUGAAUUUUACAUUCCGUUAUUAUUAUUUAAAAUUGUGGCAUUGUGUUGUCGCAUUUGCUAACUGGAGUUCAGCAACAUUGAACCAACGUGAGGGUGGCACAGUAUCUGUUGAACGUAUACUGGUGAUACGAAAUCCGUUUCGUAAAGAAUGGUCACAAGAAGUUAUUAUGCAUAUUGUUUUUAUCAUAGCAACAUUUACAUUCUUGUUAACAUUCUAUGAUCACUAUGCAUACAAAUGUAUAUCAAAAAAAUUUUGCAAUGAUACUCAAGUUGUCGGAAAAUGUUUCGAUGUUACACUUGACAAAUGGUCAAAUCAUGUAAUUAAUCCGGUAUCAGAACUACAACGUUUAUACGUACGAUGGAGCAUAAUUAUCAAUGUUAUUUUUGCUGUUGUUUUACCAGUUUCGUUGUUAACUGGAGCAAAAAUUAUUUUAAUAAAAAGCAUUAAAAAACGAAAUAUGGUACUGCGGCAGUUUAUGGCACAAGAAUCCAUUCAUGAAACAGAGCAUGAAGAGAUGUUACGGCAUAAAAUGGAACGUAAAGUGGAAAUAACAGCAAUUGUUGCAAUAACGUGCUUUAUUGUGACAAAAGUACCGUCAGCUGUGGUUCUUACAAUACAGAUUAUAUUUACGGAAGAAUUUUCUGGUCUAUUAUGGUACAACAUAAAGAUGUUAACAACAUUUUUGGUAAUUUUUGGUAAAACACUCAAUUUUCCGGUUAUCUAUUUGAGUAGUCAAAAAUUUCGUGAUGAACUGUAUAAAAAAUUGAAAAAUGAAGCACCACGUUCGUCGAAACCGAGUUUACGACAAUCCACCUGUAGACUGUUGGUUAAAGCUCAGUCUUUACCAGAAAAAAGUACUCGACGUGACCAGUUGUAA